AUGAUCGCACCAUCCCUUUUGGCCGUCCUGUCAGGCUUCCUGGCUCAUUGGGGAAUCUUCAUCCACGGCGAAUGGCACUUGCACAUAUGGCAAGUGGUCUUACCACAUAUAGGGGUCCUUGCUAUACUCCACGCUAUCCAAAUCGUGGGUGCUGAGCAUGCUAUCCCCGAAUGUGCCUCCUUGAGACCAUUCGUCCUCUUCGGACUAUAUAUGACGUCUCUGCUCAGUAGCAUCGUCAUCUACCGGGUUUUCUUCCACCGACUCCGCCACUUCAAUGGCCCGAAACUGGCUGCUGCAUCCAAGCUAUGGCAUGUUUGGAAGUGCCGCAACUCUCGAGGUCAUCAUGUGCUUACGGAGAUCCAUGAAAAGUACGGAACAUUCGUGCGCACAGGCCCGGCUGAAGUGACUGUCUACCACCCCGGGGUCUUCGAAGCCAUGGAUGGUCCGGGGAACAAUAACACCCGCUCUGAUUGGUACGACCUUCUUCAUCCUCGAGUCUCGUCGAUCUUCACCCGGGAUCGGGCGCUCCACAACCAAAGAAGAAAGCUUUGGACCAACGCAUUGAGCAGCUCUGCUAUUCGGCAAUACCAUCGACGCAUCGUCGGCAAGGUCAACACCCUCGCUGACUUGAUUGGCGGAAAGGCAUCCCAGCCUAUUCUGAUCAACGAAGUGAUGUACUGGUUUUCCUUUGACUCCAUGGGCGACUUUGCCUUUAGCCAGGAUUUUGAAAUGAUGAAGAAUGAGCAAUGGCACCGGACACUGUGGAUGUUCCGAUAUGCCCUCGCGCUGUUGGGGCCUUUUAGCCCUGCAAUCUGGGUUCCCCGCCUGGCAUUCGCCUUUAUUCCCGGGCUCUGGUGGGCCAAGUGGUGGUUCCAGAUGUUGGAGUACUGUGAUAAGUGCAUGGAGCGUCGAAUGAAGAAAACUGUCCCAGAUAAGGAUAUUGCCUCAUUUUUCAUCGAAGAACAUAAGAAAAGCAAUGAUGAGAAGCGGGAGUACUGGCUGAGCGGCGAUACUGCGACUUUGGUUGUUGCUGGCAGCGACACAAAUGCUCCCACUCUCACCCAUCUCUUCUACUUCCUGACUCGGUAUCCCCAACAUGCCCAGAAGAUUCUCAAGGAACUGCAAACUCUUGAGUCCUUGGAAGAUGCCGUUGGACUUGCCAAGCUCUCUCACCUCAACGGCGUCAUCAACGAAACCAUGCGGCUCCUUCCGGCUGUCCUCACGUUUGGGACCCGGGUCACGCCUCCAGAAGUGGAGUCAGCGUAUGCCCGCCCUCAUGAGUUCAUUCCGGAGCGAUGGUAUAGUCAGCCUGAAUUGGUUCGGGAUAAGCGGGCAUUCGCUCCAUUCGGCGUUGGGAACACGAUGUGUGUCGGCAAGAAUCUGGCUUUGACGCAGAUUCGCCUCGUCCUAGCUACUCUGAUUAGCCGCUACACGUUUGAAUUCGCGCCGAACAAUAAGCAUGGAGAGUUCUUGGAGAGGGACAUGAAGGACCAAUUGAGGGCGCAGCCUGGGCCGUGCCAUGUAAUCUUUAACAGACGUGAUGUGAUGCAGUGA